AUGCAGCAGACCGGCACUCGCUUUUCGAGGGAGGCGAAAGGCCAGCAGCAAAACUCUUUUCGCAGAGCAACAGCAGCUGUCCUAACGCCAAAGCGUGCGUGCGGCGGUGGCGACUGCGCGCUCGAAGUUGGGCGCCUUUCGGGCUUGGUGGAGCAAGGCGAAAAGGUUGUGAGCGAACUCCUCGCCUCAAUGCGCGCGCUGAAGGAGCGGAACAAGGAGCUGAAUGAGCGCGACGUCUUGCGCUCCGCCGAGCUCAAAGCGGCUGACGAGCUCGGCGCGCGCGUCAGGGCGCUCGAGGAGAAGAACUCUCAGCUGGGAGCGAAUUUCGCGCGGAUGGUGGAGUUAGCUGCCACAGAACGCCAAGCGGCGCAGGAGCGGGAGGCGGCGCUGCAACAGCAGCUCUCCAAGAAGGUCGGAGCGGAGGAGGAGCGAGCGCGUGAGCACGAGGAGGCGCUCGAGGAGCUGCGGAUCAACUUGGGGUUGGAGCGGAGGAGGCGAGAGAAGGAACUGAAGCAGCAGGUCAACAGCGCAGAGGCUGCUCUCGAGAUUGAGAAGCGGCGCCUCCCAUCACCAAUUUGCAGCCUGUGCGGCAACAAGGCCCUCGAGUCCGAGGGCCUAGCGCCCCUGUCCCUGCCAGCGGAUCGGAUCGCUGAGCCGCCGACGCCGCAACGCCUCUCAAAGCGCACGUUGGGUCGCACGGCGGAGCACCCCGCGCUCGAUCCCACACCGCCGACGGACACAGGGGCUGCUGUGCGUGCAGCCGUGCAGAGGGCAAAUGCCCGCGUCGUUGUCCGCGCCAGCGUGCACCAGGCGUGUUGUCGUCUUCAACUCGGGGUGGAGGCUUGA